AUGUCUGAAGCAAAACCAAAGAAAAAGAGUGAAUUUAACGACGGCAGAAAGCAGCCUGUAUACAGAUGGCGAGAUUCCUUCUCUGAUUGGUGGAAACAAAGCUGGAGUCUGGAAUAUUCUGACUCGAAGGUUGAAUCACGGCUACUUUCAUUCUUGCCGUUUUGGCCCGAUCCUGAUUCCAAGAGACAAGCAAAAUUCAUCGACACAGAUAUAGGCAAUGGAAACCAUAUCCACGAAUUCUACAUCGAAAACACCGAAAAGCCGUCCAAUGGCGAAGCCGCAUUUCCAAAUCAAGUGAGCGAUUUGGUGCUUGUUCACGGCUAUGCAGCAUCUUUGGGGCUUUUCUUCGAGAAUUUCGACUCGAUUUCGCUGUUGCCAGGAAUCAAAAUUCAUGCUAUAGAUCUUUUGGGCUUUGGAUUGUCGUCUCGCCCUUCUUUCCCCAAACUUCCUUGCGAUACUAAAGAGGAUAUUUAUAAGAUCGAGGACUGGUUCAUUGAUGCUUUAGAGAAGUGGCGUCAGGAAAGAGGAAUCAAUCGUUUUGUGCUUGUGGGUCAUUCCUUCGGCGGUUAUUUGAGCUGCGCUUACGCCCGGAAAUAUAACAAAGAAACCGAAGGCAAGCGCUUGAUCGAGAAGCUUGUGCUUUUGAGCCCUGUUGGCGUGGAGAGAAGCAAGUACUCCUUAUUGAAGGGCGCUGAAAUACCUAAAGAACAGAUUUCACUGGAUGCCAGGUCUGCUGAGAAUAAAGAAGAACCCACUGUCCCGCUCCAAAGAGAAUUGUCGGCUAAUCAAGCUGACAUCAUCGAUGGCAAAGAGCCGAAGACGAUCAACCACCCCGGCUUUGCUACAGAAGCGCAGGAGAAUUUUGGAGCUGAUUGGUUUAUCUGGCUCUGGAGGCAUCACGUUUCACCAUUUUCUAUUGUCGAAAUGGAUAUCCAACUGGACGGGCCACAGAUUCUCACACAUCUACUUGGAAAACCCGAGCGGUAUAAAAACAUUCAUGAUUACUUUUACCGUAUAUUCAAUGGGUCAGGCAGUGGCGAGUACGCUAUAACGAGAAUUCUUGAUCGUGGCGGUCUAGCGAGACUACCUUUACUUGAUAGAUGUCCUGAGAAGUUUGUCCAAAUGAAGCUUCCUUCUUUGUGGCUCUAUGGUGACAAAGACUGGAUGAAUGAGGUGGCUGGUGAGGAGAUGACGAAGGAGAUCAACAGGGUAGCCAAGCUGAAGGGAGAGAAGCCUCUAGCAGAUUUCGGUAUACUUUCCAACGCUGGCCAUCAUUUGUACUUGGACAAUCCCAAGGAUUUUUCCAGCGUGUUGUUCAAGUUUUUAGAGAAGUGA